CUUGGGCCUCAGUAAUGGGGGUAUGUGCGUUUGGCUAUUAUCCCUAAAUCUCAUGAACUCAGACAAUGGUGGUCGGUGGCCUGGAAAGAAUAGUGCUCUUUACCUGUGCCUCUGCCUAAACAAGGCAUGGAGUAUUUAUAGUUGGUAAGCAUUAGAGGAGAGAGGGGUCACUAUAUCUAGCGCUUGUUUUGUGUGUUGCUCCAUCACAAAGCAGCAAGAACAGCAACCCUCCUCGUCCAGCUGGAACAUGUCACCCAAGAAAGCAAAGAAGAGAGCAGAGGGAGCCAGCUCCAACGUGUUCUCCAUGUUUGAGCAGGCCCAGAUCCAGGAGUUCAAAGAGGCUUUCACCAUCAUGGAUCAGAACAGAGAUGGCUUCAUCGACAAGAACGACCUGAGGGACACGUUCGCAGCUUUAGGUCGUUUAAAUGUCAAACAGGAGGAGAUCGACGAUAUGCUGAAGGAGGCCCCAGGACCCAUCAAUUUCACCGUCUUCCUCACCAUGUUCGGAGAGAAACUAAAAGGUGCUGACCCAGAGGAGACCAUCCUGAAUGCUUUUAAAGUCUUUGACCCAGAGGGAACAGGGAUAUUAAAGAAAGAGUUUGUGACAGAGAUGCUGACGACUCAGGCGGACAGGUUCUCCCCCGAAGAGAUGGAACAGAUGUUUACAGCAUUUCCUCCUGAUGUAGCAGGAAACCUGGACUACAAGAACCUGGUUCACAUCAUAACACACGGUGAAGAGAAGGACCAGGAAUAGACACGUUCACCCAGAGACCGCUGCCAAAAUAAAAGUGAAUCAUGUUUAUAAAAAUCAGCAUAAAUAAAAGGUUGACAAAAA